AGAGAAGUGUAACCCGUUAAACUCUUUGAAGACGAAAAGUCAAUUACGAUCCGUUUCAAUUUUAAACUACAGUGACUUUGAUAAUCGUCUUAAUUUAAUUACAUUUCAUGUUUAUACACACACCUGAUUUAAGAUUUUUUAAAUCAAAUUAUCAUAAAGUAGUGAGAAAUUGUGGAUAAUAGACGAUCUUCGUGUGUGAGUCCGUCACAUUAGUGUGGCUACAGUAACUCUUCAGUGCGACUGUUCUUGGACGUUUACUUUUACAGCGUUAUUAAAGAAGCGAUACGUUCAAGUUUGUCGUAGUUAACCAACAGGGUGGCUAAAACCCAUCCGGUUCAGAAAGGCAGAUUAUUUCUGGUUUCGCUCUGUUAGCAUGGAUGCUAACACGGAAACGGUCGAGGAGCCAGUGUUGUUUGAGAACGAAACCACAGAAGACAUCAUCAAGCAUGAGAAGUCGGUGCAGACGGACACUGUGGCAUUGGAUGCCAUCACGACAGCUGACGGCGACGUCAACACAGCAGCAGCCUGGGAGGAGCAGCUAGCGGCCAUGUUGGAGCAUGGUGACGCCCUAGCGGAAGAGCACAACAGCCUUCUCAAGCAGUGGCAGGGUGAGGAUGCCGAGCGACAAAAAAACACAAGUCAGAUGCAGAAGAAGAAAGCCGACACCACACUGCAGCAUCAGGUUCUGCUGGAGAAGCUGGACUCGCUACGAGUGAAGCUGCAGCUCAACAACUCCAAAAACACGCGCAAGAACCUUCUAGCCAAGAAACAGGAAGCCAGCGCAGAGAAAAGCCGUAAAGAGGAUGAUAGGAACAGGCUGUCGAAGGAUCUGGAGGAGAUCGCUGCUAAGCUAUCGGCGCUAACGCAGGAAAAGCACAACGAGCAGCGACGUUGGCAGGAGGAGAAGGACAAGCUGAGGAAGGAAAUGGACAGAGUUAGCCAGGAGGUCAAGGACACAGGGAGCCUUGCCCUGCAAGACCAGAUCAACGCCGUGGAGGCGCAGAGAGACUUCGCCAUGGAGCGCAUUCAGGCCUGGUUCACAAAGAUGUCCGAGUACAUGUUGUCACUGCGGCCCGCCAAUCACCAGGAGAAAGCUAGCUGGGCCACUAAGGAGGCGGCCGUGCGCAGGAACCAGGAGGAGCUGGAGAGGCGCUUCCAGGAGGUCCUGGCACAGCUGCAGAAAGGACGCCAGUUGGAGUCCCUGCCAUGCAUCAACGUGCCCGCACUUCCACACAUACCCACGGCCGAGCUAAUGUUCAGACAGAUGAUGACAUUGGUACUUCCUGGGGCGCCGCCACCCCAUCAAGUGGUCCUCGACCGCAUGCCACCGCCCCCUCAGUCCUACCUACACUACUAUGUGCCGCCCCCGCUCUACCUGCAGCGCCACCCACCACCCCCUCCCUUCGCCAGAGAGACCCCGCCUGGCAGCCACCCCCCGACACCGCUCGCCUACCCGGUCGUUCCGUCCCCGCCGGCCGCUGCCCCUUCCGACACACUGGACAAGGUCCUAGACAAGCUGGGGGUGUGCUUCCCACAAUGCACCAGGGCGGACCUGACAUAUCUGCUGCAGCAGGUUAAGAGCGCCCGUGGGACCACGGCGGGGAUGUCAGUGGAGCAGGUGGGCGACCAGGUGGGCCUAGCGCUGGCGCUGGCGCAGGCACAGGGUGACACGCGCAGGCCGCCACCGCCCGCCCAAGCUGCCGGGCCCCGCAAGCUAUGCCUGAUGUGCCAGAAGGCCGUGGACACCGAGAGCCGUCACCCGUUCCCCUGCGCCCACGCCAUCCACAAGGACUGUAUCAGCGUUUGGAUCCAGUCCAGCAGCAACAACACGUGCCCCUUCUGUCCCGCUAGGUUAGGUGAGAGUGCUAAUGAUAGUUAGUAUAGCAUCUAAAAUAUUACUCGGCGGAUGUUUUUUUGUAAUUGUUUAAAUCAGAAGAUGAAUUUUGACGAUGAACCAUUGAAACCAUCUUUCCCAGCUAACAAUGUCUUUGUGUUGGUUUAAUAAACUAACGUGAGCUUAUGCUGCUAUUUCCUCAACUGGGUACCAGGCCUCAGUUAACAGAGGCGCCAUUAACUAACUAGCGCAAAUCUUAUGUUAGCAUCGAGUCUGUGGGGUUCCCAAAGUUUAGCUUGUGUUGGCAAUUAGCUUGUGUGAUUCCCAAAUGUUUAGCUUACGUUAGCAUUUUGCCAGAAAAACCCAGUGUAAAGCUUAUGUUAGCAUUUAGCUUGUGUUUUCUUAGCAUAUAUCAUCUAGCCUCUGAUUCCCAGUGUUUAUCUUAUGUUAGCAUUCAGCCAGUGAAGCCUGGUGUUUCGCUCAUGUUAGAAUUUGCGUUGUGUUUUUUGAGCAUGUAUCACCUAGCCUAUUUUAGUCCCAGUGUUUUGCACGUUCGCAUUAACGUGGGGUUCACAGUGUUUAACUUGGUUGGUUUAAUAGCUAAGUUAACGUGAGCUUAUGGCCUCAGUUAACAGAGGCGCCAUUAACUAACUAGUGCAAAUCUUAUGUUAGCAUCUAGUCUGCGGGGUAACCAAAGUUUAGCUUGUGUUAGCAUUUAGCUUGUGUGGUUGACAAAUGUUUGGCUUAUGUUGGCAUUUAGCACGGGAAACCCAGUGUUUACCCUAUGUUAACAUUUAACUGGUAUGGCCAAAUUUUAGCUCAUGUUAGCAUUUAGCCAGUGACUCCCAGUGUUAAGCUUAUGUUAUCAAUUUGCAUCUAGCCUUUGUGAUUUCCAAUGUUUAACAGAUGUUAGCUUUUUGCUGAGGUCACCAUCUAGCUUUUGUCAUUCCCAUUGUUAAACCUUUAUUAGCAUUUAGCUUGUGGGGCUCCUGAAUCUUUAGCUUAUGUUAGCAUUUGGCAUGGGAAACAGUGUUUACCUUAUGUUAACAUUUAAUAGGUGUGGAAUGGACCACUUUUAGCUUAUGUUAGCAUUUAGCCAAGGACUCCCAGUGUUAAGGUGAUAUUAGCAUGUAUAAUUUAGCCACUGAUUCCACUCAGUUUUUAGCCAAUGUUAGCAUUUUGCCAAAUGGCAUCAUGUAUGAUUUUGUGUUUGUAAACGCUGUUUAUGCGCAAAAAAUAUUUUAAUAAAAGGUAGACGUUC